AUGCUCGACAUACGGCCAACACGUGGCUCCCACCCUCGCACGAGCCUCCCAGCCCUCCCGAGCGACGUCCUCGUCCGCGUCGUCCGGCUCGCCGUGCCCCUCACCGACGACGACGAGUUCGAGCCAUGGAACCGGGCCCGCUGGCUCCACGACAUUGCAAGAACCUGUCGAGCCCUGUAUCGCGCCGCCGCAAAGGAGCGCAGUCGACUCGUCGUCCUCCGCAACCCGACCACGCUCGACGGCGCGUCGACGACCGCCCAGUACCUGCGCAUCCAUGGCCAAGAUCGCCCGUGCGACCUGUCCAAGUUGGCCCAGCACGUCAAGUCGGUCCGCUCGCUGCGCCUGUACCUCGACCCGGCCACCGUCGUCGACCUGAGCGCCCUCGCCGGUCUUCCAAAUUUUCGUCACCUUACCAUCAGCGGCGGCACGUUGAGCGCGACCGACCCCGAUCGCCUGCCGACCAACCUCGUCGAGCUCGAGCUCCUCGACCUCAAGUGCGCGCCCGCUCUCGCCGACAGCCUCAUCCGCCGCAAUACGCGGCUCGACACGGCGCACCUCACGCCGCUCACCGGUGACGACGGUCAAUUCGUACCCGGCGAGGCCUUGGCGACGCUCGAGCACCUCAAGUUCCUCCAGUACGCGCCGACGGACCGGGUCGACGAUGCCGCCCCGUUCUACGAGUCGCUCCUCGACCCGUUCGCCGCUCGGCUCGUCGACUCGCUCGUCCUCGUGUACGACACCGAGUGUCGCGCGCCCGUCGACGCGGUCAAGCGCCUCAUCGUCCACUACCCGGUCGACGACGCCGACCUUGAGUCGCGCAGCGAGCUCCCCGACCAGCUCGCGCGCCUCGCCCAGUGGAUCAAGACGGCGUCGCGCCUCGAGUCGGUCGCGCUCCCGGGCACAUGGCACCCGAACAAGGACCUCGACGACCCGUACGAGCGCGGCGUCCAACUCGCGUCCAACUCGGUCAUGAACGCGUGCGUCGCCCGGCGCAUCCGCGUCACCUUCUGCGACCUCGACGAGGCGCGCCCGAGAGGGGCGAGCGCCGCGCCCCUGUGCGACGCGGUGCGCACGGGCCGCUCGAGCGUGCGCGAGAUUGUCGCGCUUCGCGAGCCGCUCGACGAGUGGCCCGGGAGCUGGGCGCGGCUCCUGGCCGACGAAGAGGACUAUGGGGACUAUAAGUCGGCCAUGUCGAGGCGCGUUAGGCUCGACUUUGGCCCGCACUUGGUCGUGCCCUCUGGCGCGGCCAGGGUGACCGGCACGCAGACUCGUAGCUGCGUCUGA